GUUGCUCGGUUCGGUUUACGUUUUCGUUUUGCACGUCAGAAAUCGCGUAAAAAAUUGCGAGUUUUUUCACGUUUUCUUUUUUCUGCUUUAGUGAGGAUUUAUUUUUUUAGCUUUAUCACGGGAAUGACGGCUGUAAACUGUCUGAAUUACUACUGGAAUCAAUCGUGUUACAGUGUUUGGUGCUUCAUAAAUCGGGAAUAGAAACUAAAAUUCGCAACGGCAACUUACACAACAUUCGAGUUGGGUAUCGGAAAGCAAUGCUGCGAGUGUGAAGCCGACCCAACGGAUGUGGAUAACUAAAAAUUGGAGUUCGCUAACCCCUUAGGAUAUCUCGCUACAUCGGAUAGUGAAUUUGAUACAUUUGUGGUGAAUCGGUCGAUUCGCUUGGAUGUGCGUUCGAAGUGUGCUGCAGAAAGUGAGAGGUUGCUAAAUAUAAUCAACUGUGUUUUUCGUUAACCGGAAAGGUGCAGUCCAUAUUGUGAGCUUACUGAAUGAUAUGAUUGGCAAUUCAAUCAAUCGAUAGUACACGAAUCGAUAUGUGUGUGAUGUUUAGUACAAGUGAAAUUGUGAAACGAGGAGUCGUAAAGUUUUGUUUAAGUUACGCUUAUUUCAAGUGCCAAAUGCUGGAAAAUAAAGGUGCUACAGCUGAUUGGAGAUUAAAUUAGUCGUGACACCACUAGAUAAUAAGAGGUCCCCAUCAACUAUGGAACCUCGUAGUAGUGCAACUGCACUCUUUCGGGAGAUACACAAAAACACUUGGCUACGACGGCUAAACGUCGAAGGGAAAAGGCCGUCUGUGCUGGCAAAGAAAGCAGACCGUUACUGGGUUGUGUUCUGUGUCCACGAUGAUUGCGAAGCGUUUCUCGAGGGUUAUCUGGAUCCACGCCAGGCACCAUCCCACAAUCCAGAGUGGUCGAUCUCGUUGCAGUCGGUUCAGCAUAUAUCGCACGCACUCGUUCCGAUGGAACAGGAAUUUGAAUUUGUGAUAACCUUCAGCAAUGAAAUAGCGCGGUUUAAUGCGAACACCUGGGAGUGCAUGCAAGAAUGGGUAGAAUCGUUGCGAACCAAGUUGAGAGAAAUGAAAUUACUAUCGCCCAAGGAAAAUCUCUACUCUAAACUGCCAGAAAUUAAACCACCGCUAGCGCCUACGCGGGAUCCUACAUCACCGCUACCGGCAACACCGCCGGUUCCUGCUGCGAUUGUUCCUGGUAUUGAACGUGUCCAACCUUCUUCGCUUCAAACUGUCCAGCCCCAUCAUCCUGCAGUGAGCAACGUAAUUUCGAGUGCAGCAUCAUCUCUCACUUCAUCCGUAGCUGCCACGUCUAAUGUCCUUUCAGCGUCCACGAAUACAACCUCGAGCGUCAAUUCAACCUCCACUCAUGUUCCUCCAGCUACAGCUAUGUCGAAUACAUCAACACAAAAUCUGAUGAACCUUCUGACCAAUCCUUUGCAAGCUGUAAGCAGCAUAAACAAUCAGCACAUUAGCAGUCAACACCUCUUCGAUGCCAUAUCAAUCGCAUCUGAUCUCUCAGAUACCAGUCUGGAUGACUAUUCGAACGAUCAUAUCAAGAGCCUCAUAUCAAGUAGUCCGUUGGCAUCGCCACCGCCCAUCAUGAGAGCUGGCUCCACCAGUGUAGUGAUUCCUGCGAGUAGUAGUAGUAGUAGCAGUAGUUCAUCUACGAAUUUACCGAAAGCGCAAAAAAAGACCAAGGAGAACGGUUUCCAUCAGCAGCAGCAGGCUAUCGCUUCCCAGGCGACUACCUCCUCGUCUCUUGCUACAACCUUCGUGAACAAUGUACUGGCUGAUCCGGGUACGACGUCCCUCAAGCGUACCACGAAAAAAGUGCUGAAAGAUGCGAAGGCAGAUGAUUUCAUGAACGACAGCGAAGGCGAUGAAGAUGCUGAUGCUAGCAACUUCACCAACGGCAGCAUUUCUAGCAGCAGUUGCUGCAGCAAUAGUAGCAUCGGGGUGGCGGACGAGAGUGGCAAUGAAUCAUCAUUACUAUCAUCGCUGGCAGUAGCAUCCCAUCCGCCGACAGAUCCAAUCACCCAACAAUCUUCAUCGCCAUCCUACAAGACCAGACACGGCCAUCGUAACGAUCCGAAAAAGACUCGACGGAAAUCACCCCCGGAAUGCGAUCACUCUUCUGCCAAUGUAACCAUCAUACAAGUCUCGAACGAAACGGACUCCAAUGCAUCACCCGUACAGCUACCACUUGCUUCUCCGAAAGCUAGGAUACGCACACAAAAAGCUGAACUUAAUGCGAAAAUCUCCAACGGCGGCAGCAGUCUUAUCACCGAUGACCUGAGCGAUGAUAACUUCAAAAGUAAUGUGCAAAUAAUUCCGUCCAAUAUUGAAUAUGAUCAUCACUUUCACCAUCAUCGUGUGGCAGAUCUGGAACCCUCUAUUAUCGCGUCUAUAAAUGAUCGGCAAAUUACUACUGUUAAGGUAUCCAAUCUUGUGAACGAUAGCAAUAAUAGUGGAAGCGGAAGUAAUGUUACUGUUACCUCAGCCAUUCCUCCGAAAGUCCAACCUACCGUCAUUGCAACGGCAGCAACUUCUUCAACACCGAUAAAAAGUGACAGUAACUUUGGUACGGUUACACAAAUUUCGGUUAACUCAUCUGAUGAAUCCAGGACUCCUCCACAACAGCAGCAUUAUGAACAGGUAUUUUUGCUGCCAUCACCUGUCCACGUGGUGAAUAGUCAAGAACAUUCGCAGUCUCCUCCUGCUUGUCCUGGUGGUUCCGCAGCAAUAAAAUUGAAUAAAAGCAAGGUCGUAUUACUUAGCAAACAACAACGUUCUUCUAGUCAUUCCGAGAUCCAUCUAAAUCACACUAGACAUCACCGAAACGUACAAGGGAAUAAAGAGAAUCAGGGCGAGACUAGUUCCGCGAAUGGCCAACCAUGUGUAUCUAGUUCAAAAAUGGGACUCUUACCGUCUGUUAGUAGUCCCGCAGUUCCCUCCUCGAAUAUGAGUCCUUCGAAACGCGGACUUGUUGAUAAUAACAUUUACACACCUCACCCGCAGCGACCGGUUCUGCAACGUGGGCUGACAGAAAUGGUCAUUAGUAGAUCCACAAAUGCGGUGGUAAUCGGGGGACGAGAUCAAGGCUCUCGCGGUAGACAACCGUCGUCUGUUCCUGUGAAUCCGCCGACUGAAAAAAUUCGAAACGAAAUAAACGAACAACGGCGAAGAAGUUCGUCUACUUCUGAUGCACACGCUGAAGCUGCCGGGAAUCCCACACCGAGAACCCGAUUGAACGGAGCUUCCCGUCUACAGUCUCCGCCGCAGCCAUUUCGUCCCCACCAUCAGCUCAUCAGUCAACUGGAUCCCCUGAACGGGUCCGGCCGGAAGAUGACCUUACGCGAACAGCAGGUGAUGCAAUUACGCAGAGAAAUGAUGCACCCAGGUGGGGUAAGACUACAGCUAAGGCGCAAGGAUUGCAUCAAUUCAAUUGGACUAGUCGAUGCAUUUGGCGCGGUGUGGGUUGCCGGCUGGAAGCAGAAAGAACAUCCCGUUUUGUACAACGCUCUUCACAUAGGUGACCAACUGAUUUCAGUUGCUGGUGUACCUAUUAAUUGUGCAACUGAAGCACACAAAGCAAUUCGAGGUGCUCCGGGACUGUUUGUGGAGCUAAUCAUUCGGAGGAUACCAUUCGGUCGAGUAUAUGCCAUUCGUCGAGAAUUAGAAGGACAGUGCCUUGGAUUGAUCCGCGAUGGCAACACCGCUACAAUAGUGGACGUUGUGCCGAAUAGUUUGGCGGCUAGACAUGGUUUACCUCCAAAAGCACAAUCGUGUGAUAGCCUAUCGCUCACCUUUUGGGUAUUGACGGAGAUUAAUGGACGCCCGCUCAAUUUAUUUUUCAAAGAUAAUGAGAUACGUGAUCGUUUGAAUGCAGUCGGAAGAGAUAUAUCCAUAUUGGUCCAACCAGCCGAUUUGGUAACUAAACUAAAAAAGCAGUUGAAAUCACUACGUGGCCACAAAGACUUUAUUGUGCAAUAGUUGGUGUAUUCAGUCUAUCACUGCCACUUGGCAGCAUGGGGAAAUACUCCAACAGAUUCACGCGUGCUUUGAACUCUGUCCCCUUUGUCUAUUCUUACUCUUCAAUGAAGUGAUAGAAGAACCCUGUUUUCUGUUAAUUACCAAUACCAUGGAACCGAUUUUCUAAUACCAGUAUGAAUUCGAGAUGUAGUAAUAUUUCUAGGCAAUAUUUUCUUUCAAAAUUAGUUUGAAAAUCGAAGGUAGUGAUUCUAGGCUUAAAAUGGACACAAUACAAAUCAAAGAAACUUAAAA